UUAUUUUGGUCAGCUCGGCACUUCCCCGCAUUCGAGAUAAGCCCCCCCGCCCAGUAACCUUAGCCCAACGUCGCGCGUCCCACGAUUGCUCCCUUCUCCCACCCUCUCUCCAUCCGCACCAGACUGCCGUUAUGUCUGCCUCUGUCGCAAACGCAGAGCCAGCGGCACCAUCCUCACGGCUUCAGCCAUUCCAAUGUCAUGUCUGUGGCUGUCGCUUCACCCGACACGAGAAUCUCAAGCGACAUGCAGCUAUUCAUUCUCGGGGUGGGGGUGAGGCCUCUCUCCCCUGCGACUAUUGCCAGACCACCUUCUCGCGCCGUGAUUUGCGAUUUCGACACAUGAAGAGGAAGCACCCGGACCAACUAGAACGUCGGGCUGCAAACGGGCGCGAGGAGGAUCCAGCGGUUGCUAGAAAAUCGAGAGAGAGCUCGAGAUUACAAGAAAGCGUGUCUUUUUCUGCGUUACCCUCAGAGAUACCAUUCAGCCUGCAGCCCCAGCAUUCGCUCAAGGGCAUGGAGGUGGAGAUGGACAACUGGGUUGGCCGGAUGGAUUUGCCACAAACGCAACCACAGCUCGAUCACGGUGCUCUGGACCAGCUAAGUCCCUCUCACAUAAUCAAUCCUUCGACGAGCCUAGUUACGAGAAGCGAAGAGGCUACACACAAUUCCACCAGCGGGCUGGUUCAACAGCCAUCAACGAGCGAGCCGAGACACAUUGAUCCCUUUGCACAAGAGACAGUUGGCUUCGGACGAAGUUUAUCACUGGAGCCAUCCGGCUUCGACUCCACAUAUCACUUCGACGGCCGAGUACAUUCGGAUUCGCAGUCUGUUUUCACUGCAGCAUCUCCGAGCGGCAGCAGCCCCGCUUCGUAUAUCCCUCUCGGCUUGUCCUCAAGGGACGUAUCAUACCUUCAGGAUGACUGGUUCCCGUCGCCUUCGCAAUCUGCGAGAGGAUAUCAUCUCUACUUCAGUCAUGUCUCGCAAUUUGCUCCCUUUCUUCAUCGACCAACCUUCGACGCCACUGAAACCCCCCGCCACUUAGGGCUCAGCAUGCUUUGCCUAGCGUAUCAGCACGGCGAGGACCCAGACUGCGGCGAAGAAGCAGGCUCGGGCGCAAGGUUGUCUCAGCGUUGCUUUCACCGAGCUCGUGUCGUCGCUGCGUCCGAGGAAGAGCGGGAGGGUGACUUGGCUCAUACGAUUAGUUUAGUUCAGACGUACUGGAUGCUCCAAGUGUAUGUGAUGAUGUACCUCUGCGGAGCCGACUCGGCAUACGGCCACAAGAUGCACUCCAGAAUGAUUUCCCUCACUCGCUUUGGAGGGCUGACGCAACCAAUACCAGUCGAGUCUACAGCGACCGAAGAUCUGGAUGAUCUAUGGCGAGAGUUCAUCAAGGCCGAAUCGCAAAAGCGGACGCUUCUUGCUGUUCACCAACUCGAUGCGCUAUGGUACCAAUUAUUUUCCAUUCCGCGGUCGCUCUCACAUCUCGAAAUCAAGCACGACUUGCCAUGUCGAGAAGAUUGCUGGACGGCGUUCUCCUCUGCUCUAUGGGCACAUCGACAAUUGGCCGCAAGGCAGUCUAUUCCCCUGGUGCCAUACUCAGAUGCCGUUCGAAUUUUCUUAUCCCCCGGUCCUGAUAUCGACUCUCUUCCAGAAUUCGAUCUGUACGGAGCCAUCAAUAUUGCACAAUUCCUACUUUCUAGUGCCCGCGAGGUGUCGGGUUGGUCCACAAUGACGGGGAGGCUCAGCUUAGAGAGAUUUGAGCCUCUGCAGUCAUCACUUGUUGCACUCGAACGUUUGAUCCGCCCUCAAGGGGAGACAGCAAAGUCAACACAUGCGGCGUCCUGUGAGGCUACAUGGGAGAUGGCCAUGCUUGAGCUCCUAGUUUGGUCACCAUCGCAUACAUCUGGCAUCGUGGGAGGGAGCGUAGACACAUUCCUGACCCAAUCUACUUAUCUUGCGUCCUCCUACCAAUCUAUACACGAACCGUCUACCAAGAAUGCUGUUCAGCCUCAUAUCGACUGGUUCUUGCACUACCUCGAUACCGCGCCUACAUUCGACGCCGAGCCGCCGUGGCUUAUUCUCUACGCGUAUAAGGCCUUUUUGAUUGCGUGGCAGCUUCUGCGUGAGGGUGUGCCAGGAGCAAUGCGAGUCGUUCGUGUGUGUGACGGCGAUGUUCAUGGGGCCCUUACGUGGGCAAGAAAGGGUUUUCAGCGUAAACAUCGACAGCAGCUCAGCCAACUCAUAGGCUCGUGUUUGGAUAUGCUGGAGGGAUAACGACCGCAUUCUUGGAUGCCAGAGCCUCGGGUUCUUCAUGUGCUUUAAAAUGGGUUAUUUGAAGGGCCGGAGCAUCUGAUGUAUUUCAAAUCAAUAGAAGCUGCAAGCGUGCAGAAAUACGCGGGAUCCACAGCAGCCAGGCCAUAGGGGCGGAUUUCCCAACCCCCAAGACUAACCAUUAUUGUCACCGCAUUGAUUGGCGUGCACAAGAGCCGUCUGCUUGCGAGGGAAAUUCCUAGACUCCAAGACAGUGACUUGCAGUAAUAAAGUCCAAGAGACAUAGAGUUCUCUGGCUUGGAUUCUGUCAUUAACUAUUCUCCCCGAAAUACACCCAGCGUUGCAGCUAUACCCCCAAGUCAAUCUAGAAGGUAGAAUCUUCGUAGAUGUGCCGCGAGCCUUAAUAUUGCUGCAAUUCCCUAGGGUAUCAACUUAUAUUCUCCUCUAGCUACUAAGCCCGAUAUAAAGUCCUCGGCCCUUGUUAGUACCUUGUAAAAUAAAG